AACCCUACGGGAUCUUUUUGUCUGGUUCGUCUUCUAUUGCGAAUAAAAUCAGAGCAAUGGCGUUUGGGAAAUCGAUAGCUCACCGCUUACUUGAUGCCGUGAAGAACUACUCCGUGCAGAUUAGGUCCGGCGCCGGCGAUGCCGGUACGCAAGCACGGGGCUCAGUUUUUCGUAGGUUAUUACCGGACUCGGGCAAUCGUUGGAUCCUGUGGAGGCCCAUUUUUCAGGAAGCGGUGCCGCCUGACCGGAUCUGGAUGCCUUUGGAUGUGAAGCUCUUCGAUCGGAUAUCGGAGCCUAGCGGUUACCAUUUACGGAGAGACAUUCUAUCUUCACCUCAUCCGAUUUCUGUUGAGGGGGAAGAGGAGAAACGAGGUGCGAUGGGAAUGACGAUGGAGGAGGUGAGAAAAGUGCUCAAGGCGUCGCAGAUGGAAUUGGUCAGGUCGAGGUUAAGGGAGAAUCCAAAGAGCUUCGUGUCUUUAUCGGAAUUCUUGCGGAUCUGCUGCGAGGUUUCGAGCGAGGAGCAGGGACCGAAGCUCGCUCGGUCUCUGGAUGAGUCCGCGGCGGUAAUUGUUAUCGGAAACGUCGUUUUUCUCAAGCCCGAUCAGGUAGCUAGAGCAAUCGAGCGGGCAAUCCCCCUUUCUCUCUCCCCUCUGCAUGACCAGAGGGAGCAAGAGCUGAGAAAGCUGGAACAGCAGAAGGCCAUGAUCGACAAGCUGGCAGAGGCGAAAGUAAGAAAAGAAUUAUGGUGCGGCCUUGCUUUCCUAGCAGCUCAAACAGCCGGCUUCAUGCGACUCACGUUUUGGGAGCUUUCCUGGGAUGUCAUGGAACCCAUUUGCUUCUACGUUACUUCCAUCUACUUCAUGGCCGGCUACGGGUUCUUCAUGAGGACUUCCACAGAUCCUUCCUUUGAAGGCUUCUUCAAAAGCCGCUUUGCCACCAAGCAAAAGCAGCUCAUGAAGGCCCAUAAUUUUGAUCUCUGCAGGUUUAAUGAGCUCAAGCGUGUCUGCCGCGCAGGGGAGUUGCUUCCUUUUCAAGCGGAGCAGGUGGCUGCUUCAUGCUGUGAUGAUGGUAAGGGAAGGUGAAUUUGAUUUGAUCUUUAUAUUUAUCUUUAGGUUAAUAAAAUACAUACCGUUUCUCUUCUGCAAAGAAAGGGAAGCCGAGGGUUAAUUCUUUUUAAUAUGCGGAUUGUUUUCUGUUGCUGGAGUUAUCCAUGACAGGAUUGUAAUAGGAGAAGUUUAUUAUAGUAAGUGGUAGAAAUGUGAUGUAGGCAAUCCAUUUUAAAUAAUAUAGGAAAUAUUUUCUGCUGUUA